AUGUCUUCACCUACAUCAAAGCCCCUCGAAGAUACUAUCGUCCAAGGAGGAGUGGCGGAUCCAGGUGAAACAAAGGUUGAAUCCACUUCCACAACCAUCCACAUCGACAAUGUCGACUCCGAGUCCGUCACGCUGGGCAAUUUCGUUUAUAACGAUGGUGAAGAGGAGCCUGAACUUCAUAUCCGCACUUGGAUUGCCUAUGGAUCCAUGCUUCUUUUGAUCUACUGCCAGAACAUGUCUCUCUCCGGUCCUCCCUCCGUGCUCUCCUUCAUUGAAGCCGACCUGAACAACACCACUGUUGGAUAUUGGGUCACAAACGCCCUGGUUCUAGUACAAGCAACCAUUGGCCCCAUCCUGUGUAUGGCAUCGGAUACCUUCCAAGCUCGGAAAACCCUACUAGUCGGAUCGUGUCUCGUCGCUAUGAUAGGUGCCGGCAUCGCACCAGGAUCUAAGAGCAUUUAUAGGCUGAUCGCAGCUCAGACUUUGAUCGGUUUUGGGUUUGCUGGAGUACCACUUACCUACAGUGUGCCCAGUGAAAUCCUGCCUCGGAAAUGGCGACCAAUGGCUCAAGGAGUUCUCAGUCUGGCUGCCUCCCUAUCAAAUAUCAGCGGACCUCUGAUAGGAGGAGCGUUGACAACGCAGAAUGCCCACGCCAGGAGUAGCAGCAACUCUGGGUGGCGCAAGUAUUUCUGGAUUGAAUUCGCGAUAUGGGCCGCUGGUGCAAUGGGCGUCUUCUUCGGGUAUAGACCACCAAAACGUCACACACGACUUGAUCAUCUGUCCUUUUGGCAAAAACUCGGACGCCUUGACCUGCUCGGCUCUGGGCUUUUGAUUUCGGGACUUGUCCUCCUCCUUGUCGGGCUCAAUUUGGGCGGCAACCUCUAUGCCUGGACCAACGCCAAAGUCCUGGUGACGCUCAUUCUGGGUAUCGCCGUUCUCGGUGCUUUUGGAGCGUGGGAAUGGAAGGGCACCAAGACUGGGAUCAUGAGCCACGAUAUGUUCCAAAAAGGUCCGAAUGGCCGGACCAGGCCGUUCCCGAUCUAUGUCGCCUUGAUGUGUAUCGAAGGGAUCGUCUUGUUUACCAUCAUCAUAUUUUACCCCAUCAUGACGACUUCCCUCUUUACUACGGACGCCCUCAAAUCGACUGCACGACUCAUGGCUUAUUGGGUGUCAUAUGCAAUUAGCACCCCAAUCUGGGGAUACGUCAGCACCAGAUUCAGGGUGGUUCGGGAACCAUUGGCCUUUGGAUUCCUGCUCUUUGCCGCAGGCAUUGCUGGCCUGGCCACCAUUGAGCCCGGGCAAAGUUUUAAUCAGCUGGCUUUUGCUGCCGUGGCCGGCUUCGGAUUCGGUGCGCCCAUUGUCCUCAUCAUCGCGGGUGUUCAGCUUAGCGUGCCCCAUCACUUGUUGGCGACGGCCACCGCGGUGAUCAAUUCGUCCCGUGCCGUGGGCGCGACCAUCUUCACCUCGAUCUACGGGGCGGCCCUGUCCAAGAACCUGUCCAACAAGAUCCCCAGGUAUCUGGCAGAGGCAGCCACCAAGGCAGGGCUGCCGGCAAGCUCCAUUCCGGCCUUCAUCGGUGCACUGGCCGGCGGCAACCAGUCGGGUUUGUCAUCCAUCCCUGGAGUGAACGCAGAUAUCAUCGCCGCAGGCUCUGAGGCACUCAAGCAGGCGUAUGCCGACUCAAUCCGCACCAUUUUCAUCAUCGGGGCACCUUUUGGCGCGCUGGCUUGCGCGCUGUGCUUCCUGCUGAGCAGCUACAAGAAUAUGAUGUCCUAUCGAGUAGAGGCUCCUGUUGAGCAGCUGCACGCCAAGCACCACGACGUGAGGAAGGCAGGAGAGUAG